UUUCUUAACCAUUUUUUAGGCUCCCCACAUUCUUGGAUCUUAUUAACUAUUUCACAUUUUGAUCUUUUUUUAUGAAAAAACUUUACCAAAUAUGUCCACAUUUCACAAACCAACCUGAAUUUGUCACAUAGUAAACAUUUCAUCUAAAAAUAUAAACAUUUUACAUAGAAGAAGAAAACAUAAUCAGGUCUUCUAAGAAAACUAAAAGGAAGAUCUGAAGGCCACUCUCAAUUUGUUUGUUAGUUUAUAAUUUUAAAUAAUGAGCGCGUCGAGGUUUAUUAAAUGUGUCACGGUUGGUGAUGGGGCUGUUGGAAAAACAUGUCUCUUGAUCUCUUAUACCAGCAAUUCUUUCCCUACGGAUUAUGUGCCAACUGUAUUUGAUAAUUUCAGUGCAAAUGUUGUUGUAAACGGCAGCACUGUUAAUCUAGGAUUAUGGGACACUGCUGGACAGGAGGAUUAUAACAGAUUAAGACCAUUGAGUUAUCGUGGGGCUGAUGUUUUUAUUCUUGCGUUUUCUCUCAUUAGCAAGGCCAGCUAUGAAAACGUCUCCAAAAAGUGGAUUCCAGAAUUGAAGCAUUAUGCCCCAGGAGUCCCAAUUGUUCUUGUUGGGACAAAAAUCGAUCUUCGGGAUGAUAAGCAGUUCUUCGCUGACCAUCCUAGUGCAGUUCCCAUUACAACUGCCCAGGGAGAAGAGCUAAAGAAGACGAUUGGAGCUCCCACAUACAUUGAGUGCAGUGCAAAAACACAAGAGAAUGUCAAGGGAGUUUUCGAUGCUGCCAUUAAAGUUGUCUUGGCACCCCCAAGUUCAAAGAAAAAGAAGGGAAAGGGUCAAAAGGGAUGCUCUAUAUUGUAAUCAACUAUGGAGUGAAUGGAAAUAUAGGACCUAUACCUCGUGUUUUUACCUUUCUCUUGCCAAGAAAGCCAUCAAGGCUAACCAGUGAAAGUGUCAUUUGGCUUAUUGUGUGUCGUCGUUUUUAACUCUUUCAUCACACUUCAGUUGUUAGGCCUUCCAGGUUCCGGUUAGCAGUUUUUGGUUUGUUCUUAUAUGUAUUAGCUUUGCCGGAAAUGCACUUAGAUUUGGGAAAGAGAGAGAAAAAUAAAUCUUGCCUUUGAUUCUUUUCUUAUAUAUUCAUUUCAUUCUUUUGUA